AUUCAAUGACUACACAUGCUCUUGUUUAUUUCACCUACUCUCGUUUAUUUCACCUUCAUAUUUUUCUCUCCCUUAUAUUAUUUAGGCUACACUGGUCAACUUUGUGAUAUUAAUAUCGACGAAUGCUUAUCGAACCCAUGCUAUGCUGGUACUUGCGAUGAUCUGAUUGACAGUUACACAUGCGCCUGUCCAGACAAUUACGAAGGCGUGCAUUGUGACGUAGAUGUCAAUGAAUGCAUGACCCUUGACCCUUGCCAAAAUGGGGGCAACUGUUCUAACACUGAGGGCAACUAUACCUGCACUUGCCCCAAGGGUGUCUUUGGUCGAAACUGCGAAAUUGCCCCGUGCAGUCCCAAUCCCUGCCAGCACGACGGUCAAUGCUCCGUUGAGUCCCCCGAUAGUGUCCUUUGCAAUUGCACCCUGGGAUAUGUAGGGGACGUGUGCGAAGUGGCCGAUUGUUCGGCCGUCGUCUGCCAGAACGGCGGGCUUUGUAGUGUGGACUGGGGAACAAGCUCCUGGUGGUGCAUCUGUAUAGAGUUUAACGAAGGUACGCGUUGCCAAUUUGCUGGCCCCUGCAUCAAUCCCCCUUGCCAGAACGAGGGCACGUGCUCCCAGACGCUGGACCCCGCCGACGACUCGUUCACGUACCAGUGUUCCUGCCCGACGGGUUUCAACGACACGAACUGCCAGAACGAGAUUGACUGGUGCGACAGCAACCCUUGCCAACAAGAGGGAAGUAACUGUACGUCCGACAGGGUGACUUUUACCUGCACGUGUGCGCCGGGUUACAGUGGUAUAGUUUGUGAAAUCAAACUGCCCGACUGCGCCAGCAACCUGUGUCUAAACGAGGCCACCUGCACAGACCUGCCUUACGACUAUGAGUGCACCUGCGUAGCGGGAUAUACCGACAAGAACUGCGGAACCAACAUUGAUGAAUGCGUCGAUAACCAGUGCGUCAAUGGGGCAACCUGCACAGAUCUUGUCAAUGGCUACGAAUGUAACUGUGAAGGAACAGGUUUCCAAGGAACUUACUGCGAGGAAGACAUCCUGGAGUGCAACGCGACCAUCAACCCUUGCAGCAACGGAGGGACAUGUAUGGAGGAACCUGGCAGCUACAAGUGUGAGUGUGUAGAAGGGUACCUUGGACCGCAGUGCCUUAUUAUGGACCCCUGCUUCACGGAAGGUCUCUGCCAGAACGGAGGAACGUGUUUCCUCUUGGACGCGACGCCGACCUAUGAGUGUGAAUGUGCGGACGGCUACUCAGGCGACAACUGCGAAAAUACGGCAACUAACAUCAAUUGGAUCAUCAUCGGAGCUUCGCUUGCCGCGGCGGUCGUGCUUAUCAUCGUCAUCAUCUUACUCUCCUUCUUUGUUUGUUCGGUGAGGAAAAAGAGGGCGACGCAGGGAUCGUACAGCCCCAGCCGGCAGGAGAUGACCGGCUCGUUCGUCGAGAUGGACAACGUCCUCAAAAUGCCUCCAGAGGAGCGACUCAUUUGAUAGGGCACCAGACUCAUGGACAAUUUUUUGUUUGCUUUUGGAAUAGAACACAGAUCAGUGCCUUCCAUCUUCGAUAUAGAUGAUAUAUAUAUUAAAGCAGAACCUUUGCAGAGAGGUAGUGCGUGAAUUUUACACCCGUGCAUUCCAAUUUGAAUAUUAAAGUGUGUUGCAAACUAGACGUGUGGAUGCUGUUGCAGGUAGCACCAUUGUAGUCGACAUUGGAUAGAUCGUAGCAAACCUGAAUGGACGCAGUAAUUGACUAUUGCCAACAGUACGUCUCCAAAGCUUUUUUACGACGUACUACAGUUUAUGCGUAGGCCUUACAUGUACACCUUGAGGGAGAAUAUCCUGUAAUAUGAUGUGGUGGGAUUCCAAAGUCUGCAUUCCUCGCUUGUAGAAAGAAUGGAUAUAUUUUGAGCAAAUUUAGUGAGCGUAGCCUAGCAGUGAUUGUACUCAUGUACUGCUUCAAGUUUCACAAUGCUUUAGAACGUCACUUAUCAUCUAAAUUGAUUGAUUCACUUGAUGAUAGGUUUCGAAGGAGAUCACAGAAGCAGAUGAAGUCUAUAAUCCACUCGCAUUCAGCUGUUUAAUAUUUGAAGUCCGGCAACAGAUCACAAUUGAAGGGACCUCUAUCCACUACCACUUGCCUGGGAACAUGCAGUGUACAUGCACAUGCACCAUGAUAGAAGGAAGAGAGAAUUAGUGGAAGCACCUCUUUUAAUCCAUGAUUCUUUUUUAGGAGCUUCAAAAACUUCUUUCGCAAAUAUGUUAAUUGUUUAAAGAAAUGCUGUUUGGAGGAUUGAAAUCAUCUGCAAUAAAAUGUAUUUGAAAUGAGGAUCGUUACGGUUAUGUGGAUUAUUCAGAACGUGAUGGAAAAUUUUGCAACCAAAUAUUUUUUGAGAAGACGUAAAGUUUGGCUGAUGCAGCUUGAAAAAAAAAAAGGUUCUAUUUGGAUUUUGGAUGGAUAAUAUUAAAGCUCAAAGCAAAAUAGAAUGACGGAUUAUUCUACUGUGGGUUCCAGCAAGUAAGCACAUGUUCAUGUCAUGAAGAAACUAGGGGACCUAUAGCUGUGAGUCUUAUCCAAAGGAUAAGAUAAAUCCCUAUACUGUAGAGCAUUCGUGCAGGCUCAUAGAUUCUAAAAUUGAUCUCUUGCUUUAAAAGAAGGAGGGGGAAAAAUGCGUUGAUAAUCACCGGGUUAUAGUAAUAAUAAGAAUCUUGAGCAUUUGAGUUCUUGUAUAAAUCUAUGUCCGUCAAACUUGAGACCCUGUUUCAUAAAACUUGAUAUCAAUAACAAAUGCUAAAGUUCCAUGACCAAUUUGCUCUCAGCCAAUCCAAUGGCUUGAUUUCAAUAGCUUAUAACAGUUACUGUAACUUGUCAUUGACGACAAGUUUUGUGAAACAGGGUCCUGGUGCCCCACCAGUGCCUAUAUUAAUAGCUCACUCUUUGCACAUCUCAUCUUUAUUUUUGCAUCGUGUAUCGCGUGUCACCUUUAAGCUCAGUGGCCUGUCGUUAUCACCUUGCGAAUUGCUACGUCACUCACCAAAGAUGAUCCCUGUGGCUUGUGCAGUGUGCCUGACUACCUGAAAGUUUGGAUUUACUGAUAACAUGUAAUUAAAAGCCAGUGUGUUAAAUGAAGCAAUGUGAUUGCUACGUGUAAUAGACUAUCAUAUAAACAUCUAUCGAUUGUAUAUGUUGAAUUUGUAUUCCUAUGUACUUAGUGUGCCAAUCGUGAAGGGAGAUGUCAUCUGUUUAAAGCCAGAAACGAUGGAACAGUGGAGAUUUAAAUCUACCAUCCCCAAAACAGAUGUGCUCCAAAGACCUUUGCAUAAACCCACAAAAGAAUUUCAAAAGUUCAGACCGAAGGAUAUUGCUAGUUAUCUCAUGAAAUAUCUCCAUGAAGUAAAAUCGUUAGUCGUUGAAGUAGAGGCGUUAGUCGUUGAAGUUGAGUAGUUUGGAGAUUUAUACUGGUGCUUUGUUGUAUUAAAGUUAUACGCAUAUUAGGUAGGACAAAAAGUUGAAAAUACUUGUAUUUGUAAAUUAUUCACAUUAUUUAUAUAUUCUUAUCUGUACUAACCUUAUAUAUACGAUGUACAUAUAGAUUUGUACAUAUAUUCUGUUGGCAAAAAUUAUAACCGAUGUUAGCUCUUUAAUAUUCACUUGAAACAGAUCAAUUGGACAUCUUGUAAAGUCUAGUUUAGACAUUUCACAUGCAUUUUGCUUGAAUGCAGUGAGACUUGUGCGAUUGCAAUGAAUUAUAAUUAUGAUGUGAUUAUUUUUUAGAAUGAUUGCCAUAUUCUUCCAUAACUUAAUCCUCGAUGCUGGGCUUCAUUUUUUGUUAAAAAUCAGGUUUAACAAAAGUAGUGCUACUCUAUGGAAAUCAAGUAUUAGACCGUUCAAAACAUACACGUACACCCCUAGAAAAUGAACUAAAAUCAAAAUUUAUUAAUUGAAUUUUCAAAGAUUUUAUUCAUAACUUACUGUAUAGCAUGAAUAGAAUUAUAAUGAAGUUAUAAAGAUUUGAACACAUACUAACACCUACAUGAUUUUCGUGUUUUUCAUGAAUGGAAUUACAAUGAAUUUGUAAAGAUUUAGAUGCAUACAUGGUUUUAAUGUAUCGCAUGGAUUGCAUAAUUUCCUGAAUAUGAUAUUGUACAACUCAAAGUAUGUAUUCCAGGGCAUUUUCAACUUCAAUGAAAUGUAUUCAUGAAAUUGUUUUAUCACUUGUUACAUGUAUUCAGAAGAAUAUUAAUAGAAUAUUAAGUUUGUAUUCUGAAUUUUCCCUUCAUGGUUAACAGUUGGUUGUAUUCAAAAAUUAUAUAAAUAUGAUCUUUUUGAUAGAUAUUUUAUUCUAAGGUCUAAACUGUCAUGAACCAGAGCGAAAGUGCACUUAAAUUAGUAUGAGAUGAUGACAACUUACAAGAAAAGGUUUUGCAAAAUAAAGUUAUAUUUGUUUCUGUGCCUAUAUUUAUAGUUUUGUCCUCGAUUAUAAUUGUUAAAUAUAAAAGCAAAAUUAACUUUGCAGAACUUAGACAGAUAAAUUUUGGUAAUUUGUUUUAAAUAUUUUCUUUUCACAAAUAAAUGCUAUGAAUAUUUUGGAAAUUGCCUGCAUAUAAAACUUAUUACUAAUGAAUUCAUUGUGAAAUACAUUCAGUAGACAUUAUUAUAAAGUGCUUCAAACAGUUUUGGCUGGAGCAAUUACAGCAAAUUCACCAAGUGCUUUUUGUCUCUGUAUUUUUCAGCCUUAUACAUUUAGAAAACCAAACAACUCUUCAUUGAAAAAUUCAUACUCUUAGAAAUACCAUAACAAUUGUGGGAGGAGUUUGGCCCAAAUUUGUUGACAUUGUGAUCAGCAUGUGAUAUUUUAUGUAUAUAUUAACUUGCCUCAGCUUGCUACGCACUUUGUGACAACAUUUUUGUCAAAAUGCACGUCUGUCAAAAUGAACUCCUUCCAAAUGAAAAUAAUUAUUAAAGUGUCUUUUUUUAAUAGUACCGGGUAAGUGAACUUUAUUACAAAGUAACUUGUGCAAGUCGUUUUGCUACUUGCCACAAGUUAAAUGUAAAUAUUAUUGAUUUGAUAAUUGUUUGAUUAACAGUAAAUGAAAUACUAAUUUAUCACUUAAUUUGCUUUUGCAUUUGAAUUGUGCUAUAAUGAAUUUAAAAAAAAAAUAUGUUGUAAUAUUGCUAUUCAAGGAUAAAAUGAUUGUAUGUAGGUUUUUAAUAUGAUUUGCAAGAAAUUUGAAAAAGAAUACUGAAUCAGCUUUAUGUAAUGUACAAGUACAUGUACAUGCAUGGGGAAGGUUUUCAGGAAAAAAAUUUGUGAAAUUUUGCCGUGCUGUAUUCAAGUUUGGGGAUUGUGUUUGAGGGCUUUAAAGGGUAAAUCUAUAAUUUGAAUGGCUUCGACAUCAAAGUAAGCAAUAAUGUAAGUUAUGGGAUAGUGAUAAACUUGGAAUUGUCGGGAUAAGAUACUGUAAGUAUAGAGGAAAUUAUCGACUUAAUGAUUGAUUUGCAGUUGUGUGGACCUACAUGUAUAUGUAUGCUGUGCAUCAUUAUUUUGCCUUUUGAUGUAAAAGAAGGAAUAAUAUAUUUAUAACAUGGAGAUUAUAGUAAUGUUUGACCCUUAUACAUGUAUCGUUAAAAUAAGCAAUUUAUCAUUUGAAAAUGUUCAGUUCCUUGUUAAUUAAAUAAUGUAUGUUGUAGUUUGUGAUUACAUGUACAUCUAGAUCGUCAUUCAGACUGAAAACUGAAAACUAAACAAACUUGCUGAAAACAAUACUCUGACAAUGUGUCAAUGUUGUAGUCUGACAUACAUGUACAUCAUAUAACAUUAUGUGUAUUGUUUUCACCAGGUUUUUUUGUUUUUCAUCUUUUAAAGUCUGAAUAACCCUGUAAUAAGCAUUCUUUAAUAGCUGCUAUGUGAUCAACAA